AUGCUUCUGCUUGUGGCCAGUGUUACUGUUGUCAGUGUCCUUUUUGUUGCUGGAGUUGUUUGCAUACCACUAACAGACCAGGGGCCCCACAUUGACCAUGGCUGGAGCCAGGUGGUUCGGCUCAGGCAUCUCUAUGCCGCCAGGCCAGGACUUCACCUGCUGAUCAGUGGGGAUGGACGGAUCCACGGCUCUGCGGUCCAAACUCUGCACAGUCUGUUGGAAAUCCGUCCAGUGGAUUCAGGCUUUGUUGUCAUCAGAGGAGUAGCGACCGCACGCUUUCUCUGCAUAGAAGGCGAUGGAAGGCUGUACUCAUCGCACAACUACAGCAGGGACAACUGCACCUUCAGAGAGCAGAUCUUGCCUGAUGGCUACAACAUUUACAUCUCAGACAAGCACCGAGCCCUGCUCAGUCUGGGAAACCACCGGCAAAGGCUGCAGGGUCGAGACCGAGGGGUCCCAGCUUUGGCCCAGUUCCUCCCCAGAAUCAGCACCCUGGAUCACAUCUCACCACCUGGGCUAGAAUUUCCUGACCAGCCAGGGCUGACUGCCGCACAAACAGAAGAAUCCAUGGACAUUAUACACUCAUUUGGAAAGCUGUCUCAGAUCAUUCACAGCCCCAGUUUCCACAAGAGAUGA